GACGUUUAGAAGCGAUUUCACAUCACGGCGUCUCUAAUCGCCUCCGUCGUCAACUGAUUCCUUCCGAAGACAAUGGCGUCGAACAGCAGAGAAGCGAGGAGGCGUAAGAUCUUAGAAAGAGGAUCUGAUCGUUUGGCCUUCAUCACUGGUCAGAUCAACGACGUUCCUCCUCCUCCUUCUCCUUCUCCUUCUUCCGAUCCCACUUCCCUUACUCAGUCUCACCUCCGCACUAGUGAUUCCUCACCGGAGACGAUAACGCCUCGUGAUCAUAUUCCUACUGAUCGAGAAACAGCUUUCACUAGUCAUCAAGAAAACAUCUCCGAGGCUUCGAAGCUUGAUGAUAUGGAUCGUAUCAUCCAUCAAAGCAGAGCAGACUCUCUUCAGCCUCUGAAGUAUACUGAAACAUUGGCUGAAGCCUCUGCUUCAGAUCCCAGAGACACAAGGGUACAACCGUCUCCUGCAGUCCCAUCAGUGGUAGAUUUGGGUGCUUCUCAAGCAUUCACUCCUCUGGUUAGUUUUGUCAACACCAUCACUCCAAAACACGUUGGAGCCGCCGUUGAUGCUUCUGAAUACGCACGGAUGUUCUCAUCUCUUUUGAUUGCCCUUCUCGUCGUACUAUCUCACCUCGUACUAUCUCACCUCGGGUUCUCUUCACUAGGCAGCAUAGUAAGCUUCAGACCUGUCUUCUUGCUUCUCUUGACCGAUGCCACUAUUGUAAUGGGACGUGUUCUGUUGACCCAUCAUGGAGAUCCUUCCUCAGCUUCAAGGCGAGAAAACUCAGUAAUGAGUGGACAAGGCAUAGCGGACCAAGUGGGCAACGCGCUGGAGAUGGUCAUGAUGAUGAAGAAGAUAAUGAACGCUGUUUCUAUGGAUUUUAGCUUGUACGCUGUGUUUCUCAUAUGUGGCCUCUUGUUCACACAAAACAUCUUUGCUUAGUUCUUCGUUUUUCUCUUCUCCUCCAAGUAGGUUUGUGAUGAGUAGUUUUCUUAUUUAUUUCUCAUACUUUUAAUAGAGUACACGUAUGAGACACGCGGUGCUAUUUGUAAACAUAUUUAUCCAGUAUUGGUUUAAUGUCUUAUGAUUCAUUAUGUUUCUGUUAAUGGUUUUGAUCUUUCGAGUAGAAGAUAUAAUGGAAGUUGUACGCGUAAUAAGGUCGAUUAGAUUCAAAAUGUGGUUUAGGUUUUCUGCAUACUCUGACCAACACAAUGCAGCAUCUUUAAGCAUAUGACAUCAGAGCUCUUAUCAUCUUUAAGUACAGAGUUGUUGAAGCUAGAAGAUUUUGUUUAAAAGCAGAGAGUAAGCGAGUAGAACUGUGAUAGUAUGCGCAUUAUCCAUCACUCUCUCAAGCUUAGUCUAGCGUUUUGUACCUUGAGAGACAGCUGAAACUUAUGUUCUUCCAUAUCUCUCAAAAUAGACAACAAGUUUGCUCGAUAAACUUCGCAUCGCUGACCUGUCCUCUCCAGUUCAGCUGUCAGUUCAAGUAUAGUCCUCUCCUUCUCACCCUGACAUUGAAGUUCGUUGACCCCAUGAUGAUGAUUCAUUCCAUUGCCAGUUUCUUGAGCUUCAUCAGACCGGUAAGUAUCCCCGUUACUUCCUCCUCUAAUUUUACUACUUGCAGCAGCAGCAGCAACCUUCUUGGACGCUUCAUCCAAGGCAGCCACUGCAGCUUUAUAAACCUGAAUAGAUUUAGCCCCCUCCUCCACAUACUUGGUUGCUUCUUGUCGGAGAUUAUCAUAGCAAACAGUUAAAGCCUCUUGGCAACCACUGUUUGAAAACUCACUACUACUCUUUGCAUCCUUAGUCCAUCUCCUUAGUAUAUACCUAGAAGGAAGAGUAAAAACAUUCCUAGCACUAAACACAGCCAAUAUAUGCCUACAAACAAUCCCUUUAUACUCAAACAUCCGACAGCUACAAUUAGCUUUCACCUCAACAGACUCAUCAAACUCAACAGUAUAACCUUGUCCGAACUUCCCCACACGAUAAGUGGAAUCACUUAUCUUAUCCACACUAUUCGCGGAAACCUCAACAAACUCCUCCUGAAACUUCAAAAAUGCUUCCCUCGUAUACACUCCAGCAGCUUGCUUCUCCAUGGGAGAAGCCGUCUUCAAAACCGGCGUCGUAUUAUUUGAUUCAUAAUCCGCUCUCAUCUCUUUAACACGCCAGCUGUUAACAGCUUCAUCACACUGUGACAUAACCAUCUCCAACGUAGUCGAAGCAUCCACAAACCCGUUGAAAAACGAGUUCUCAUCAGACAACAACUCUCCAAAAAACGUGUCUUUAAUAAAAACAGGAACCCACUGUUCCCUCACAUUAUAAAUAGACUGAAGCCAAUGAUUCUCCUCAAGACAGUAUCUCCUCACAACAGACUCCCAAACCCUCUCGAACUCACCAACAGUCUCCGUCUCAUUAACACAUCUCAAAAACUCUGAUUCAAAACACGGGUCAUUAGACUGGAACACGUGACCUAGCUUCUCCAUUAUAAGUGGGAGGCUAAAACGAACACGUGACUGAUUAAAAACCUGAGAGGCAGCGAGGUGUAUCACGGGGUCAGGCUCGAGGGUUACGGAAGGAGGAGGAGGAAGGGAAGACGACAUGGAUUGGAGCCAAGUGUGGAAGAGCCAGGAGAAGGAGGAUUGUGAUUGGUUGAGGAUUAGAGCGCAGCCGAAGAGGAGAGGUUGGCCGUGGUGGUUGAUGCCUGUGAAGGCGGCGAGAGGGAGUUGAGAGUUUGUUCUUAGAUAGGUUGUGUCGAAGAAGACUGUGUCGUUGAAGUGAGUGUAGUUUGAUCUGCAAGUGGGAUCGGCCCAGAAGAUGGUGGAGAUGUUGUUGUUGUCUUCGUUGUUUUGCUCUAAUGCGUAGGUGAAAGAUGGGUUCUCGAGGUGUUUGCGUUUUAGAUGGUUUAAGACGUGGUCAAGACUCAUCGCGGUAGAAAUACUGUGGGAAUAACAAGGGAACAGAGUUUGUAGCUUUGGUGAAGAAGAAGAAGGAGAUGGUGAUGGUGAUGAUGAUACCUGGAAGACUUUAACCCUAGAAUCUGUACUGUGGACGGAGUGAUCCAGAGGAAGAAUCCGAUAACGA